AUGACUACUGUUUCAAAAAUAGCACCAACUGCCACGAAGGCAAAAGCUCAAAACGACUUUGUUGGAAGAGUCCUCUUCAUUCACGGAUAUACACAGAAUGCACACAUUUUCCAUUCCAAGACUCUGGCUUUUCGGAAAAAGCUCAUCUCAAUGAAACUCAAGCCCAUCUAUUUAAACGGCCCUACGGUGGUUUCACCUGCACAUUUGCAUUCACAAGACGAGAUUUUCAGUUUAAGUGACCUUUCAAGUUCAGACAGUGAUAACAAUUGUAGAUCAUGGUGUGAGCAGAGGUCUGAUGCCAAGUACUCUUUUGAAUUUGCCAAAGAUACCGUCAAAAAUUACAUUGAGAAUGGUAUAAUCUUGGAGGGAUCUGCCGAAGACAAAGAAGCCAAUCUCAUAGCUGAUUUCGAAGUCGACAAAGAUCUUCCAAUUGUGGGUCUUGUCGGAUUCUCUCAGGGCGCUGCUUUCAGUGCUGCCAUGGUAGACAAGUUCGAAGAACAUUUUGGAGUGCCUCGUGUCAAGUGGGCGAUCUUGUACAGUGGUUACAUGUUCGAUAUCAUUCGCAUGCCCGAACACAAGAAGUUGUUCAGUACGGACAAAGGGCUCUCGUCAAAUCCAACGCGCAUGCUCCAUGUUUUGGGCGAGCUAGAUACUGUGGUCAGCGAGGAACGUUCGAUGCAACUCUUUGAUUUCCACGAAGAAAUCUCGACGAUGUUGAGGCACCCCGGCGGCCAUUUCGUACCUAAUUCGAGACCAUUCGUCGAAAAGGUCUGUAACUGGAUCGUGACCGAGAAUGAACCGCAACAGAAACCCGAAGAAAAGGUGAAGGAUGAGAAGUCUGAUCUCGACAGUCUUCUCGAUAUGAUGAAGGGGUUUGGAGGUUAG